AUGGUGUUCAAGUUUCUGUCCCUUUCAUGCAUACUAUUUGGCUUCUUCUUCCUCAACAAUGCCGCCAUUAUCGAUCAACACCCAGAAAAAGAGAGCUUGCUGUUCUUCAAGAACUCACUUUUGAACCCCAGUAUACUCACCACCUGGAACCUCACCACCCCACAUUGUCAAUGGGAAGGUAUUCUUUGUCAAAACGAACGAGUUACUUCACUCGUUCUCUCAACUCACUCACUCAAAGGCUCACUCCACAUUUCCCUUUUUUCUCUCUCAAAUCUCAUCGUUUUGGACCUUUCUUCAAAUCUGUUUUACGGCGAACUUCCUCGAGAAAUAUCCCAACUCCGGCGGCUGCAAGUGUUGAAUUUGGGUAAUAAUCAGUUUUCCGGCGAGUUACCAAGUGAACUCGGGGAGUUGACUCAGUUGCAAACACUUGAGCUUGGACCCAAUUUCUUUUCCGGCGUUAUCCCUCCUGUUAUUGGAAGAUUAUUAAAUAUGGAGUCGCUUGACCUUUCAUCCAACUCUUUUACUGGAAUAAUCCCACCGGAGAUUGGAAACCUUACGAAACUCCGAUCACUCGGUCUCGGCAACAAUUUUCUAUCAGGUUCUGUCUCUCCGUAUCUUCUCACCAACCUUAGUAAUCUAAUCUUUUUGGAUAUCGCAAACAAUACACUUUCUGGCCACAUUCCUCCUGAAAUCGGAAGCCUGUCAAAACUUACCGAUCUUUUUCUUGGAAUCAAUCGUUUCUCCGGCGUACUGCCACCGGAAAUUGGAAAUCUUGAAAAUUUACAGAACUUUUACUCUCCUUCUUGUUCAUUACAAGGCCCGUUGCCGGACACCAUUUCAAACCUCAAAUCGUUAUCAAAACUCGAUCUUUCUUAUAACCCAUUAAAGUGUUCUAUCCCAAAAUCGUUUGGAAAAUUGCAAAACUUGACAAUAUUGAACCUUGUGUACGCCGAACUGAAUGGUUCCAUUCCCGGCGAGCUUGGAAACUGUCGUAAUCUCAUGACGUUGGUUCUUUCUUUCAAUUCGUUAUCGGGGCAUUUACCACAAGAGCUUUCGCGGCUACCAUUAAUGUCGUUCUCCGCAGAAAAUAAUCAGCUUUCGGGUCCUUUUCCACAUUGGGUUGGCAAAUGGGAUCGGAUGAGCUCACUUCUGUUGGCCGGAAACCGGUUUACUGGCGUGAUCCCACCGGAGAUUGGUAACUGUACGUUGCUUAAUGUUUUGGGUUUAAGCAAUAACUUGUUAACGGGCUUUGUUCCUAAGGAAAUAUGCAAUGCGGUUUCAUUAUCGGAGCUUGAUCUUGAAAGCAAUCUCCUUACGGGUUCAAUUGGGGAUACUUUUAUGGCCUGUAAUAAUCUUACUCAAUUGGUGCUGUCUGAAAACCAAAUUGUGGGGUCGAUUCCUGAUUACUUUUCUAAGCUUCCGUUAAUGGUUCUUGAUCUUGAUUCAAAUUACUUAACGGGUUCAAUUCCGAUAACUUUAUUUCAGUCGGUGAAUUUAAUGGAGUUUUCAGCUGCAAACAACAAGUUGGAGGGUAAUCUCCCUGAAGAAAUAGGGAAUUCUGUCACGUUAGAAAGGCUGAUUCUCAGUAACAACAGGUUCACAGGAGAAAUCCCGAAAGAGAUUCAAAAGCUCACGUCCCUUUCGGUUCUUAAUCUGAAUUCAAAUCAUUUCUCCGGCUCCAUUCCUGUUGAACUUGGGGAAUGCAUCUCUCUUACGACCUUGGAUCUUGGUGGAAACAAAUUCAAUGGCUCGAUUCCGGAAGAAAUCACUGGUUUAUCGCAAUUACAGUGUUUGGUACUUUCGAAUAACAAUCUUUCUGGUUCAAUUCCGUUUUCAAACAAAUCAAGUUACUUUAGCCAAGUUAGUAUUCCGGAUUCAAGUUUUGUUCAGCACCAUGGGUUAUAUGAUCUUUCACAUAAUCGUCUGAGUGGCACGAUACCAGAGGAACUAGGAAAGUGUUUGGUUGUGGUGGAUCUUUUGCUUAAUGGUAAUCUACUUUCCGGGAAGGUCCCCACAUCUUUGACUAAGUUGACCAACCUCACGACGUUAGAUUUAUCUAACAAUCUUUUAUCCGGUGAGUUACCUGGUGAAUUCGGCCAUUCAUCAAAGCUUCAAGGUUUGUAUAUGGGGAAUAAUAAUCUCACCGGCUCCAUACCUAUCGAACUAGGUCAACUCCAAAGUCUUGUGAAGCUUAAUUUGACCGGAAAUCGUCUUUCCGGCCCAAUUCCUUCCACAUUUGAGGGGUUAAUUGGAUUGACACAUUUGGAUUUAAGCAACAAUUUGCUUGAUGGUGAACUUCCUUCUUCUCUUUCAGACAUGGUGAAUCUUGUUGGGCUGUUCAUACAAGAAAACAGGUUGUCCGGUCAUAUUGAUCAACUUUUCUUUGGCAGCACGGAGUGGCGGAUCGAGAUCAUGAAUUUGAGUGGUAACUUGUUUUCUGGUGCAUUACCUCGAGCGCUAGGGAAUAUGACGUAUCUGACUUCCAUGGAUCUUCACGGGAAUGGAUUUUCUGGUGAGAUUCCACCGGAGCUUGGGAAUCUGAUCGAGCUAGAGUACUUAGAUUUUUCAAACAACAGGCUUUCGGGAAGAAUUCCGGAUAGUCUUUGUAAUGUUUUGACUUUAAACCGUUUGAAUUUGGGCGGAAACCGGUUAGAAGGUCUGGUUCCGAGGAACGGAAUUUGCGGGAAUACAUCAAGAAUCUUGUUAUCCGGGAACAAAGCGUUAUGCGGUGGGAUACUCAGUUUACAAUGCCCAGACACAAGCUUCCGACGAGGUUCAAAGUUCUUCAAUCUCUGGUCAUUGGCUUCAAUCGCCACAGGGACUUUGUUGAUCACGAUUUCCAUAACUCUCAUGGUGAAAAGACGCAUUCAAUCAACCAAAAGGAAGACUGAUUGUGAAGAUCCCGGUGUUAGUAAUAGCGGUUCAGUCGAUCACAAUUUGUAUCUUUUGAGUAGCAGCAGGUCCAAAGAAUCGUUAAGCAUCAAUGUAGCCAUGUUUGAACAAUCCCUCGUGAGGUUGACUCUCGUCGACAUUCUUGAAGCCACCAACAAUUUCUGUAAAUCAAAAAUUGUUGGCGAUGGUGGAUUUGGAACCGUUUACAAAGCCCAAUUGCCAAACGGGAAAACCGUCGCAGUCAAGAAACUGAAUCAAUCAAAAACACAGGGUCAACGAGAGUUUUUAGCCGAAAUGGAAACCCUAGGAAAGGUGAAGCACCGGAAUCUCGUAUCGUUGCUUGGCUACUGCUCUUUUGGUGAAGAGAAACUUCUGGUUUAUGAUUAUAUGGAGAAUGGAAGUUUGGAUCAUUGGCUUCGAGCUCGAACAGGUGACACCGGAAUCUUGAAUUGGACCCAACGAUUCAAGAUCGCGGUGGGUGCAGCUCGUGGGUUAGCUUUUUUGCACCAUGGAUUCACUCCACAUAUAAUUCAUAGAGAUAUUAAAGCGAGUAACAUUCUACUUAAUCAAGAUCUCGAGCCUAAAGUUGCUGAUUUUGGGUUAGCCAGGUUGAUAAGUGCUUGCGAGACUCACGUAAGCACUGAUCUCGCGGGAACAUUUGGUUACAUUCCACCGGAGUAUGGUCAAAGCUGGCGGUCAACGACGAAAGGAGAUGUUUACAGUUUUGGAGUGAUACUUCUUGAAUUGGUUACCGGAAAAGAGCCGACGGGACCGGAGUUUAAAGAUGUUGAAGGUGGGAAUUUGGUUGGGUGGGUUUGCUAUAAGAUCAAGAAAGGUCAGGCCGUCGAUGUGCUUGAUCCAACGGUUGUUAAUGAUGAUUGGAAGCCGGCGAUGCUUAAAACGGUUAAGUUUGCUGCGAUUUGUGUCUCUGAAAAUCCGGCUAAUCGGCCGACGAUGCUUCAUGUGCUUAAGUUCUUGAAAGAAAUCGAAGCUUUGUGA